GGCUAAUGUUGUAGGCGCCGUAACACCGCGGCACCGCCCUUGCUGUCUGUUUCCGACGGACGUAUGUAGUGUCAAGUUGCUCGUUGACCGUCACACCACCACUACCUCGCGUAGUACACACCGCACCCCUCCAACAUCAUGGUCCUUCCCCGCCCAUCGUCCUCGGGCCGCGAUAGCAGCUGCCUCGAAACGAUGCCAUUGCCAUUUAUCGCGAGUAAAGUCGACCAGGUCGUUCAAGCGAGGCCAAUGAAAACCACACCACUUCCGCGGGCAACCCCGCCCGCAGAGACCACCACACUGAUCCACGCAUUCCAGCGCACCGUCCAGCGGUAUGGCUACCAGAAAGCCGUCCAUGCCAAGUUUCAGGACAAGUGGCAGUCGCUGACGUGGCGCCAAUACUAUGCCCGCGUCCAAGAGUUCAUGAAGAGUUUAAUUCAUGUCGGCGUCCAGCCGCACGACGUCGUGGCGAUCUCCGGUCUCAACUCGAUCGAGUGGAACGUCGCAUACCUUGGCACAAUCAUGGCCGGAGCUGCCGCCACCGGUAUUUACGUCAACUCGUCACGGGACCUGAGCCAUUUUAUCGCACGGCACUCGGAGGCUCGCGUGAUUGUAUGCGACAGCAUUGACAGCGUGGAAAAGUUUUUGGCCAUCCAGCCGUCGUUGCCCAGCCUCAAAGCGAUUGUCCUGUGGGGCCAUGACGUCCCGUCCAUUUACGCCGCGAACAUGCCCGUAUAUGCCUGGAAACCAUUCUUGGACCAAGGCGCAUCCAUUACAAGAGGCACGGUCCAGCGGCGCAUGAAAACCAUUGUGGCUGGCCAGUGCGCGUCCAUUGUGUACACUACCGGCACGACUGGCACCCCAAAAGGUGUGAUGAUCUCGCACGACAACUUGUGCUUCAACGCGUGGGCGUUCGAUGCGGCCGCCGUCGAUCGCGGAACACAGCUCUCGAAUCGCGACGUUAUCAUAUCGUACCUGCCGCUGGCACACGUGACGGCCCAGCUCAUGGACAUCGUGCUGCCUAUUUGGGUGGGGUACGAAGUGUACUUUGCGCCGACCGUUCGUGGCCAGCGGCUUGGCCGCACGCUCAAGGAGAUUCGCCCGACUCGGUUCUGCGGCAUCCCGACCGUGUGGGAUAAAAUGGCCGAAAAGCUGCGGGAAGUCGAAGUCUCGACGUCCGGCCUGAAAAAACAGCUUGUUGCCUUCGCCACGUCGCGCGCGUGGAAGAAGACUGUGCAGAGCCAGUACGGGUGCAGCGGAGCCGCUCCAUGCGGCGCUGGUAUCGCAGAGAAGCUCGUGCUGUCGAAAGUCAAGGCCGCGCUUGGUCUGGACCGAUGCAAAUCGUUCUCCGUGACGUCGGCGCCCAUUCGCCAUGAAACGAACGAGUACUAUGGCGGGCUCGACAUGCCCAUCAUGGCGUUUUUUGGGUCCUCCGAGACGGCCGGAAUUGCCACGAUGAAUGUCCAGUACGGGUGGAAGCUCGCGACCGUCGGCCGGCCACUUCCAGGCACCGAGAUGCGCAUCCAAAAGUCGACGACCGAAGUCCAACUCCGCGGCCGCAACGUCAUGAUGGGAUAUCUCAAAAACGAAGCCGAGACGCGACUCGUUCUCGACAGCGACGGGUGGCUCCGGUCAGGAGAUGGCGGGGCUGUCGACGACGACGGGUUCAUCUCGAUCACGGGACCGCUGCGAGAGCUCGUCACGACGUCUGGCGGCGCCGUGAUUGCCCCCGCGACGUUGGAAUCCGUUUUGAAGCAAUCGAUUCCGAUCCUGUCACACGCUGUUGUCAUCGGCCAACAACGGGAGUUUCUUCUUGUGCUGUUUACCCUCCGCGUCGAAAACGAUAGCGACGAUCGACCCACCGACAAGCUGGACGCGACGGUGCUGGCAUUCCUUCGCACCAUUCGAUCCACGGCAACCACGAUAGCCCAAGCUCAAGCGUGCCCCAAGCUCCUCGUAUACUUGGACGGCAAGCUCCGCGACGUAAACAAGGCCACAAGCAAACUCUCGUUUGGCAACUUUAUUCAGAAAUUUGUCAUCCUACCGCGGGAAUUCUCGGUAGAAGGCGGCGAGCUCACGCCGACACUCAAAGUCCGCCGCCACGCCGUUCAGGAGAUCCAUUCCACCCUCAUUGAGUCGACGUAUGCAUAACUUAGGUAACAACACGGUCGUUGAAAUAGCAAUGGCGCUGGACAUGUCGCGUGGGGAUCUGCUGGCCUUGUCCGUGGGUCCAAGGACCGUCGAUGGCGUCCAUCCUCGGUCCUAUGGACAGGAUCUGUUGACGCAACGAAUGAAUGGAUUCACCAAGGGAUGGUAGCAGCCCAUCGCCAGCCAGCUCUUGCAUCAUGCCCAUGGUUGAUGUACGCUUGCCCCAUGGCAGUCUGUCGAUGAAGACGACGACUUGGUAAAGGGCUACCCUCGAUUUUGGGAUGUCGUCCGCUAGGGAGCAGCCUUCCAUGCACGUGCAGUCCGCUUCUCGAUCUCCGACGCGUGGCUGUGUGAGGUCCAUUUCAGUGAUGCAACUAGGCUGGGUACCG